AUGCGUAAACUAAGAAAGAUCCUAAUCUCAAUAAUAAUAGCGUCCUUGUUCAGUUCGUCAAUACUGCUGGUGGUAGGAAUUGCACUGACAAGCGACUCGAACCUAAUCGAAGUGUCGCCGGAACGUAAAAAAAACUCAAAAAUCGCAUCAUUCGUAACAGCAGGGGUACACCUAGUGGUAUCAGGAGCUUGUGUAAUAUACACAUACAUAGAUAACAGAAAGUCUAAAUCGGAAAUCAAUGCCUGA